UCGUUUGUGAAGACAAGACACCAACUUUAAUGUUUUGGAAAGAAUUUGAAUGCCGAAGACCAAAGGAGGAGAAAAGGGUAAAACCCAAAAUCAGUCUCUCAUGAUCUUCUCUUCUAUAUUAGCUCAACUUCGGGCCUCGAAAGAAGACAGCGGUGAUCCGAGAAAUUGCCGUCGAUUGAAGGAGAAGAAGAUCGGGUUCUUGAAAUGGAUAAAGGAGUGAGAUGUGUAAGGUGGGGAUACGAGAUUAACACAUCAACUCCUAUUUUGACCAGCAUUUCACUGUUGAUGAAGGUUCUUAGUUAUGGGAGGGAGAGGAAGGUGAUUCUGGAGGCGCCACUUCACGAUGAUCAUUGCGUUCUGGCCAACAUUUUGGCCGCUCAUUUCAUUAGCCCGUCUGAUCCUUCCAGAGCUUCUGCAUAUAUUCAAGCUGCAAGACCUUAUGUUGAACACGCAACAACAUACGAGCAAAAAUCUUUCGAGGUUGUCUCUUACCUGAUUUCCGAGGACAGGGACGACGACAUGGCAUUUGAGUUGCACGCUGGGUUUCUGAAAAAGUAUCCGAAAGAUUUGGUUGCUCUGAAGAGAGCACAGAUUUUGUGCUUCUACAGUGCUCGACCCGAUCUCUUUCUGGGUCUUGCUCAGGAGGUUCUGCCUGAGAAUAAGGAUGAAGGCUAUGCAUAUGGUAUGCUUGCUUUCCCAUUGUUAGAGCUCGGCAGGAUGGCUGAAGCUGAGGCUGCUGCUAAGAAAGCCUAUGAGAUAAACAGAAAUGAUUCGUGGGCGCAUCAUUGCUUAUGUCAUGUUCUUCAGUACGAAUGUCGUUUCAAGGAAGCAGUGGAAUUCAUGGAAGAAUGCUCAGCUUCGUGGGCUUCUCUCUCAUCCUUCAUGUAUACCCACAACUGGUGGCAUGUUGCCCUUUGUUACUUGGAAGGAGGGUCACCGAUAGGUAAAGUAUCGGAGAUAUAUGAUCAUCACAUCUGGAAAGAAUUGGAGAAGUCCGAUGCUGUUCCACCAGAAGUAUAUUUGAACGCUCUGGGCAUGAUAUUGCGUUUGGAUGUACGAGAUUCACUUGAUGGGUUUGAAGAUCGGCUGAAGAUCCUUUCGGACCGCUUGACCGAUCAGGCAUGUUGGUAUUUGGAAUGGCACCUUGAUAUUUUAACCAUCUGGGCCUUAACUAAGGUCGGAGAGACAUCAAAAGCUCAGAAGUUACUCGACGGUCUGAAAUUCCGAACAUCCCGGAUGAACAAAAAGAAACGCAAGCUGAUGCAGAAAGGAAUUCGGCUCGGAGAAGCUGUUUACGAAUACGCUAGGGGUAACUACAAGCAAACUCUAGAACUGCUCGGUCCAGAUUUCGAUGCCAUCGAUUACAAGAUCAUCGGGGCAUCGGAUGAACAGAUAGAUGUUUUCGGUGAAAUUUGGUGCAAAGCUUUGAUACUGAACGGGCAAUCCUCCACUGCCAUGGAAGUGAUCAAGAAGAGGUUAGAGAACAGAGAUGGUGUUCCCUUCACAUGGCGUUUGCUGGAGAAGAGUUACGCCAUGGAAGGCAGUCAAGAAGCUCAGAGUGCUGCGGGGAAAGCGAUGGAAUUGGAAGCUUAUCAUUUCAAGUCUACUGCUUGAACAUGGUCCAUGUUUGUUUUCACACAUAUAUAUAUAUAUAUAUAUAUAUAUAUAUAUAUCAUUCCUAGAUGGUAUAUUAUUAUUAUAUAAUAAGGAGAAAUACACUUAUACAAAAAUAAAAAUAAUUUUCAUGGUUGUCGAAGACAAGAUAUUCUGUAUUGAAAACGGUGUCUGAAACUUUUGCCAUC